AUGGGCAAAGACGAGCCAGGAACCUACCGCUACAACGAAACUCCCACCUACACCACCUCCAAUGGCUGUCCGGUCUUCGACCCGGAAUCCUCCCAGCGGAUUGGCAAGAAUGGGCCCCUUUUGCUACAAGACUUUCACCUAAUCGACCAGCUCGCCCAUUUCGACCGCGAGCGGAUCCCGGAGAGAGUCGUGCAUGCCAAAGGAGCCGGUGCUUAUGGCGAAUUCGAGGUUACCGAUGACAUUAGCGAUAUUACCAUAAUCGACAUGCUCAAGGGUGUGGGCAAGAAGACAAAGCUGGUCAAUCGGUUUUCGACUGUGGGUGGUGAAAAAGGCUCUGCUGACAGUGCCCGCGACCCUCGUGGUUUCUCACUGAAGUUCUACACCGAGGAAGGAAACUGGGAUUGGACGUUCAACAACACCCCCGUUUUCUUCCUUCGUGAUCCGUCCAAGUUCCCCAUCUUCAUCCACACGCAGAAGAGGAACCCCCAGACCAACCUCAAGGAUGCCACCAUGUUCUGGGACUAUCUGUCUACGCAUCAGGAAUCCGCGCACCAGGUCAUGCACCUGUUCAGCGACCGCGGUACGCCCUACUCGUACCGCCACAUGAACGGAUAUUCCGGACACACUUUCAAGUGGAUCAAGCCCGACGGCACCUUCAACUACGUUCAGAUCCACUGCAAGACGGACCAGGGCAACAAGACCCUCACCAAUGAACAAGCCGCUGAGCUGGCCAGCUCUAACCCAGACUGGCAUACCCAGGAUCUUUUCGACGCUAUUGAGCGAAAGGAGUACCCGUCAUGGACCUGCUACGUUCAAGUUCUAAGCCCAGAGCAGGCAGAGAAAUUCCGAUGGAAUAUUUUUGACUUGACCAAGGUCUGGCCGCAGAGCGAAGUCCCUCUCCGCCGUUUCGGAAAAUUCACGCUCAACAAGAACCCAGAAAACUACUUUGCCGAGAUCGAGCAGGCGGCUUUCUCGCCAUCCCACCUCGUGCCCGGUGUGGAACCAUCCGCAGACCCUGUUCUUCAGGCCCGUCUAUUCUCUUACCCCGACACCCACCGCCACCGUCUCGGUGUCAACUAUCAGCAGAUCCCAGUCAACUGCCCCCUGCAUGCCUUUAACCCGUACCAGCGCGAUGGCGCCAUGGCAGUGAACGGCAACUACGGCGCCAAUGCCAACUACCCAUCCACUUUCAAGCCACUGAAGUACCAGCCUGUCAGGGCCAGUCAGGAGCACGAGAAAUGGGCCGGUGCAGUGACAUCUGAGCAAAUCCCUGUUACAAGCGAGGACUACGUACAGGCCAAUGGCCUCUGGCAGGUCCUUGGACGCACGCCCGGCCAGCAGGAGAACUUUGUCAAGAACGUAUCAGUCCAUUUGUGCAAUGCCCACGAGCGCGUUCGCAAGCAGACCUACACCCUGUUCACGCGGAUUAACCCGGACCUCGGCGCGAGGAUCGAGAAGGCCACGGAAGCGAAUGCCAAGGCGCAGGCGCGUUUGUAA